AAUACCGUAAUGGCGAGUUGCUACAGACGCAUUCUCAAACACGAUAGAUAUGUUAUGUGAUUAUCAGUGUUUAUGAGGAGAAGGCAAGGAGAUAAACAUGAUUUGUGUACACCAGAACAUCAAAGAAAAGUACAAGUAUUCAGAAUCCGUUUAGUGGGACGUGUUCACACAUUUCUACGAUUUUUUCCCUACUUCGUGAAACUUUCACAACCAACAGCACAAGAGAAGGAUCAGUAGGAUGAUCACAUAGGAUCACACAAAAUGAAUGUGUGGAUUUACUCAAUUUAAAUAGAUUGGUGUUUAAACUUCAACUUUAACGUUUUGUCUCAGAUAUUUAUCCAUGUGUUGAUCAUUUACAAACAGCCAACAAACAACACUUUGAAACCAAGCAAAUGCCUACUGCAAUGGAUAAAAACAAAAAGCGGCCCCUACGCAUCAAAAUCAUCAGUAUGGGGAAUGCUGAGGCCGGAAAGAGCUGCGUGAUAAAACGGUUCUGUGAGAAGCGAUUUGUCCACAAAUACUUGGCCACGAUUGGUAUAGACUAUGGUGUUACAAGGGUUACGAUAAAGGAUCGGGAUGUCAAGGUAAACAUCUUUGACAUGGCAGGACAUCCCAUAUUUUAUGAAGUAAGAAAUGAGUUUUACAAGGACACUCAAGGAGCUAUCAUAGUGUACGAUAUCUCCGACCGAUCAAGCUUUGAGGCUCUCGAUUCAUGGAUCCAGGAAAUGCAGAAUGAGACGGGGAAUCAGACAGAUGUAGAUAAUGUGGUUGUAUGUGUGUGUGGUAACAAGACAGACAAGAAGCGAUCGGUGGAUGAGCUGGAGGGACGUCUUUGGUCGGAGACAAAAGGUUUCUUAUUCUUUGAAACAUCAGCACAGACAGGAGAUGGGGUGGCAGAAAUGUUUCAGGCACUAUUUGAUGCAGUAGUGGUAGCCGCAGAAAACGGCGGUAAAAAGGCCCCAAUACAGACUCAGCUGGGCUACUCCAAGGAACAGGCAGACGCCAUACAGAAACUCAAGUCAGCCAAGUCAGAUUACGAGCGGCUUGGUCUGAUACCUGGAGCUACAAAGGAGGAUGUCAACCGAGCGUACAGGAAGUUGGCCGUCCUCCUUCACCCGGACAAGAGUGUGGCACCAGGAAGUGAGGAGGCAUUCAAACUGUUGGUAGCCUCGCGUACGGCUCUACUGAAACGCUGCUAGCAGGAAUGAGGGCGGGUGCCUGUUUUGUUUACAUGGUUGGAACAGCUAUAUCACAAGUGAAUGGUGUUUUGGAAGGAAAACUGACCAGCAAAAAACUACUAGAUAUAAACUUGGUCAUACUUAUCUAGAAAAGUUUAUCAGACCACUCCAGUGAAACCUGCUUUAUCUGACACCCUGUGUAUAGCACAACAUAUUGGUCUGAUUAGGCAUUAUGUCAGAAUUUACAGGUAUUCUCUGAAAAUUAGGAUUACAGCAUUAUGUAUGAUGAGACAGUUUAUGGAAAUUGACUCCGGGUCAGAUUAGGCAAGUUUUAUCAUCAAUAUAUAUAUACAGCUCCAUCAUUUCACUUCGUAAAUCAUCUGUAGUCAAACUUAAGGCUGUGAUUUUUCUACAUAUCGCAGAGGUUAUAUUUAUUAACGCAUUCGGAUCUUAACUCAUUCACCCCUGAAAUUUCAUAAUGAACUAUUCCAGCCUUUAAAUUGGAAGAGUUAAAUGCGUCUUCAGGGGUGAAUGAGUUAAAAGGCAGUGUUAUGUCGGGUUUGGACAGGACAAAUUCACUGGGUAUUUUUCAUUGCUAUCCUAGAGUUUUGCAUCAUCACUAUGAAGUAGCUAGAAUAACGACUACUUGGUGGCCGAGUAACACGUACUGACGGUAAGUGACCACAGUACCUAACACAAUGUUGAGAAAAUCUCUAUCAAUGGUGUGAAGGAAUUCUGAACCGGGAGUCCGAAUAACUUAGACGUUAAAUUAGAUUGUGAGGAAGGUAACCAGGAACGGUUAGGAAUAAAAUGUUGAGGAAUUCCAUGGAAGUGUAGUGUAUAGAAGACAUAUGAGUCAUAAAUGUGUUUAAUACCUGAAGGAUUCAGACAUUCAUAUGGAAAAUAAAAUAUGAAAUCUGAUGCACAAGGAACAAUGCUGUCCGAGGCCUGAAAGAUAAAUGCAUUCCUUUGGAAAAGAAAACUUGAAAACUGCCGCAAGAAGGCCAGUGUUUUCCUGAGCAUGAAGGAUCAAGGUAUUCCUGUGUAACAUAAAACACCAACCCUGCCACUCAUUCAACAGUGUUUUCAUGUCUUAAACAUCCGGACUUAAUCCUGCAAAACAUCCUCACAAGCCUUGUCAAGUGUGGAGGAACUCAAAUGAUCCGAUGUCCGGACUGUUUGAAAAUAAUAGUUGUUCACAAGCUGAGAUUGAGUAAGGUAAAAGAUGGCUAUUUUCAGAAGCAAAUGUCAGCAAAAUUAAAAUGUGAAAAAUGUGAAAUGUGAGAUAUUUUAAAACUAUGAUUUUAUUGAGAUUGUGUAAAUUGAAAAGUGUUAAAUUAUGUGUGUAAGAUGUCAAAUGAGAUUUUUAUAUGUUGAAUAUUUGCAUCUGUUUGCAUCUACCGGUAUGUUUAAUGUUUGAAAAUGAAAAUGUAUUCAAAUUGUGUAUAUGUGUAUGAGAAAAGCAUGAAAAGUAUGACAUGUUUGGUCAAAGGGGCAAGGUACACACAGGUCCUGACACCCUCAAGGUCUGUGUAUACAUAUUAAUGUAUACAUAAAUCAUAAAACAUAGGUCAAAUAAGUAAUAUCAACGGUAAAUUCUCAUAUAACACUGGAUCCUUGUAAAGAUAUGUUUGUAGGAUACUUAAAAUUACUUAAAAUUGGUAUAUGGGAUCAAGGAGUAAUUCCAUCAAUAUAGACAAUAUGAUGUUGUCAAAUUUUCGGAGCAAUCCGCUCCUUUAUCAAGACACAGAAAAACACAGAACAAUUACAUUACAUAAAAACAAAAUCGAAAUAUUCUUUUUGAAAACAAAAAGCCCUCUACUAACGUACACCUAUAAGGCAAAGUUAACAUUCUACAAUAUACAUACCACAGCAUCAAAACAUAGUACACAUAUAGGCACGGUGGGGUUGGGAUCUGUACAUGUCAUGCCCCUUUGUGUAUACUGGUUGGGGAGCUUGUGUGAAAAGAGGAUAUUAGAAAUUCAGUGAAAGGAUAAAUAUGCACUUCAAUAUUUCUCUAUCAUAUUUAUAUAAAGUCUGAUUCAAAGGAUGUGACUAACUUAAUAAAUGUAGUGUUGAA